AUGCGCGACUAUACACCUGCUCAGCUGCCGGCCUUUUCUUUCAACCCCGGCAAUAUACAUGCGUCUACACCAUCCACAUCUACCGUCACGGCUCCCCGACCUAUCGGCCACAGACGACGUCCUAGCGAAUUGAUUGGGCAAGAUGGUCCUCCAAGUCCUCGAAUGAUGGGCACCAGUCCUGGAACUGCUGAUGGAGAAAACGCUACUGUACCUGCGCCAGGAAUGAGCGCACCGUCUCGUGGUCCCGGCCGGCGGGGUCAUGCUCAUCGCCGUUCCCAGGCUAUGUCAAGCAUGGACCUUACUGCCCUGACGCUCGCUGCGCCUCCAAUUGCACCUCAAAUCCUAACAGUUGGAAGUGCUCCAACAACUCCCGCCGAUAGCAAGCACGAUUUUCAAGGUCACAUGUCCCGCCCAAUGUCUCGUUCUGCUGUCGACCUACUCCCACAACCUAGUCCACCAGUCUCGCCGGCGAAACAACCAAUGACUCUUCGUCCGGAUUUCACUUUCCACGACAGACCUCGACCAGUAUCGAUGAUAUCCACGGAAACGUCCAGCAGCCUGUCUACCGUCCGGCCAAACCAUUCCCGAGUAAGUAGCGCAGCACCAAGCAACAAAAUUGAGGGAUCCUCCUCGACAGAAACAAUCAAAGCCCGACCGAAGACAGCGGAUGCAGGCGUGCUCAUGUCUAAAUUAUCGAGACCAUCCGAACACUUUAGCGAAAUGUCUUUCUUAAGGAGGUCGUCUGUGGGCAUGGGACCAUUAGGCUUAGGGCGCCAAUCAUCCGAGACCGUGGACAUGUCGGAUACCGAAUCUAUAAAGGACAAGCACUCUUCGAAAAAGAACAAAAAGAAGAAGAAGAGGAGAAAGGAGGAGGGAAAUGCGACUUUUGAAGAGCAAAAACGCCGCUGGAAUUCACUGUCUACUGAACGAACACUUGAUAUUACACAGGAUCCUUCUGCCGAAAAGUGGGAAUCAGCAUCUAGUUUUAAUUCGCGCUCGGGGGCUGAAGAUAGUCAUCCUCGUAGAGGGGAUGACUGUCACGGUAAAAAGCAGAAAAAAGUGCGCAAUUGGGCCGGCCAUAUCUUCCCGCUCAAGAACAAGCGAACCCAUGUUAAGCGACCAUUAUCCAGAAGAAGCCCGACACCACCUCCCAUCCUCACUCGUACCAAUUCCGAUUUGGGUUCGAUCGAAGUCAACUUUGACGAAGACAACACGGUUAUUAUACGGACGCCCACGAAUCCAAACAUACCAAAGCAGACUACUCAGGAUACAGAGGGCGAAAGCGACAAGGCGUUUGAGAAAGCAUGGAAACCACGCAGUUUCUAUGAGCAAGGCGUUGAAAAUGACACCUUCAGUCCCGUCAUUGAUCUUGACGCGGCACUAGGCCCCUUCAAUACUCCUGAAAUGGGUGCCGGUAGAAUUGCUGGAAGUGCAUUUUCGCAGGCAACCAAGCGCAUGUACAGUGGUGGUCGACGUGGUGAAUUCGUUGGUCCAGAGAUGCGCUACCAUCGACGAGCUGAAAGCGCACCGGAGAUGCCUCCGUUCGAUCGCAGUGCACUGAUUGGAUUUCCUCGGCUGGGUAGUGAUAACGCUAUGGCUAGUGUGGACGUUUUCUAUGAAGAGGAAGAAGAUGCAUUUUUGGCAGAGCAUCAAUCUCCUACGAUGAAGGACCAGGCCCAAGCCGAUGUUGAGCAAGCCAAUGCCGAGCUUUCGAGCGUCAUUGAUGAAGAAAGUGAGGGUGAUAUGCUUCCAUCAAGCAGUGAGACCUUGCAGGCUGUUCAACGACCAAAGUCCGCUCUUGUACUUUCUCGUGACGAUGGCCUUGGCAUUCAAGUUGCCGACGACACCGUUGUGGAAGACGGACCAGGCGAUGCUGUCGAAGAGGAAGAAGAAGAAGAAGCGAAAGAGAAUGAAACCACGCUCUCGCAUCAUCAGACGCAGAACAAGAAUUCCGUGGAAAUAGUGGAGGCUGAUCAGUGGGCACAUCCUCGCGUGCCGCACCACGCAAACCACAGCCCUGAAUUAUCUCCUCACAUGCUGGCUAUUGACAAGCGACCUUGCUCGUCACCUCUUGAUCUUAACUCUGGCUUUUCCCAGCUGACACUUCCCUCUCGACACACUUCAAGUUCUGCUUUCCCAUCACCGGAUCCGUCCAACAUGUCCUUCGACGGGCCGAGAUCGGCGACAGCAUCAUCUAUGACCGACCACACCACUUUCAACCAGUCGCUACACGACCAAAGACAGAGCUCAUUUGAAGAUGUUCCAUCUUUGAGCAGCAGCGCUUCCACGCGUACGAAUCCUCGAGGGCGAAUUUCGUCUAGCUUCUAUCCUCAUUCAUCGAGUGAACGACGGGAGUCUUUCAACGCUUUACCACCUCGAUCGAGCCAUUCAAACUCUGCCAAACGAUCUAGUUUGGUCAGUCUAUCCAGACUGGUAGGUGCCUCGUAUGGCGAAAAGAGUAAAUUGAGCCACGAAGAGAAACCACCUGCAGACGAGGCCGAAAAGACCCGACGGAAGAGUAAUCGGGUCAGCCGAUUGAUGUUUUGGAAGUCGAAAGACAAACAGAAUGACUCCUAA